GCUUCGGGCCGCGGAGGGCCUGAGGGCCAGGCCGGGCCCCGCUGACGGACAUGCUGACCUUUUUCCUCGUGUCAGGGGGCUCCCUCUGGCUGUUCGCGGAGUUUGUCCUUUCGCUUCUGGAGAAGAUGCAGACACAGGAGAUCCUCAGGAUGCUGCAGCUGCCUGAGCUGGGUGACUUGGGCCAGUUUUUCUGCAGCCUCUCAGCCACCACCCUCGUGAGUAUGGGUGCCCUGGCUGCCAUCCUCGCCUACUGGUUCACUCAUCGGCCAAAGGCCUUGCAACCACCAUGUGACCUCCUGAGGCAGUCGGAGGAAGUGGAGGGCAGUGAUGGAGCCCGGAGAUCUGUAAUCGGGGGUAGCCCUCAGCUCCUCACCCACUACUAUGAUGACGCCCGAACCAUGUACCAGGUGUUCCACCGUGGGCUUAGAAUCUCAGGGAAUGGGCCCUGCCUUGGCUCCAGGAAGCCCAAGCAGCCUUACCAGUGGCUGUCCUACCAGGAGGUGGCUGACAGGGCUGAAUUCCUAGGGUCCGGACUUCUCCAGCACAAUUGUAAAGCAUCUUCAGAUCAGUUUAUUGGUGUAUUUGCACAAAAUCGACCAGAGUGGAUCAUCGCAGAGCUAGCCUGCUACACAUAUUCCAUGGUGGUGGUCCCACUGUAUGACACCCUGGGCCCCGGGGCCAUCCACUACAUCAUCAACACAGCGGACAUUAGCACCGUGAUUGUGGAUAAACCUCAGAAGGCUGUGCUUCUGCUAGAGCAUGUGGAGAAGAAGGAGACUCCAGGGCUCAAGCUGAUCAUCAUCAUGGAGCCGUUCGAGGAAGCCCUGAAAGAGAGAGGGCAGGAGUGCGGGGUGGUCAUUAAGUCCAUGCAGGCUGUGGAGGACUGUGGCCAAGGGAAUUAUCAUGCUCCUGUGCCCCCCCAGCCUGAUGACCUCUCGAUUGUAUGUUUCACAAGCGGUACAACAGGGAACCCAAAAGGUGCGAUGCUCACCCAUGGAAACGUGGUGGCUGAUUUCUCAGGCUUUCUGAAAGUGACAGAGAAAGUGAUCUUUCCGAGACAGGACGAUGUGCUCAUCUCCUUCCUGCCUUUGGCUCACAUGUUUGAGAGAGUAAUCCAGUCUGUUGUUUACUGCCAUGGAGGACGCGUCGGCUUCUUCCAGGGAGAUAUCCGCCUCCUCUCUGAUGACAUGAAGGCUCUGUGCCCCACCAUUUUCCCUGUGGUCCCACGACUGCUGAACCGGAUGUAUGACAAGAUCUUCAGCCAGGCAAAUACACCACUGAAGCGCUGGCUCCUGGAGUUUGCGGCAAAGCGUAAGCAGGCCGAGGUCCGGAGUGGAAUCAUCAGAAAUGAUAGUAUCUGGGAUGAACUCUUCUUUAAUAAAAUUCAGGCCAGCCUUGGCGGGCGCGUGCGGAUGAUUGUCACUGGAGCAGCGCCUGCAUCGCCAGCAGUCCUGGGAUUCCUCCGGGCAGCUCUGGGGUGCCAGGUUUAUGAAGGUUACGGCCAAACUGAGUGCACAGCUGGAUGUACCUUCACCACGCCCGGAGACUGGACCUCAGGGCAUGUCGGCGCACCUCUGCCUUGCAAUCAUAUCAAGCUCAUGGAUGUUGAGGAGCUGAACUAUUGGACCUACAAAGGAGAGGGAGAGAUAUGUGUGAGGGGACCAAAUGUGUUUAAAGGUUACUUGAAAGAUCGGGAGAAGACGAAAGAGGCCCUGGAUAGCGAUGGCUGGCUUCACACUGGAGACAUUGGAAAAUGGCUGCCGGCAGGAACACUUAAAAUUAUUGAUCGGAAAAAGCACAUAUUUAAACUUGCUCAGGGAGAAUAUGUCGCACCCGAGAAGAUUGAGAACAUCUACAUCCGGAGUGAACCUGUGGCACAAGUAUAUGUCCAUGGAGACAGUUUAAAGGCCUUUUUGGUGGGCAUCGUGGUACCCGACCCUGAAGUCAUGCCCUCCUGGGCCCAGAAGAAAGGAUUUGAAGGGACAUAUGAAGAGCUCUGUACAAAUAAGGAGGUGAAGAAAGCCAUUUUGGACGAUUUGGUGAGGCUAGGAAAGGCAGGUGGACUCUAUUCUUUUGAACAGGUUAAAGCCAUUCACAUCCACACUGACAUGUUCUCAGUUCAAAAUGGCUUGCUGACACCAACGUUAAAGGCUAAGAGACCCCAGCUGAGAGAGUACUUCAGAACACAAAUAGAAGACCUUUAUUCAGUCUUCGUAUGAAGUUCAAGGAAAGUUCUCAGUAUAAUGGACUCGGUAGUUAUAUUAGUUAUUCUUGAAAGUAAUGACUCAGAAUGAUGCAGCUGAAAAUGGAUAAGCACCUGACCUUAUGAUUGAGCCUUUUCCUGUCCCAAGAGGUCUUUAACAAUAUUUUCUCUAUCAUCAUCGAGUACACUUUAUUUUUAUUAAAAUGGUAUUGUACCAAGCUGAUAAAAAUAUUAUAAAUGGCAAUGUAAAAAUCAAGACAUUUUCUCAAGGACUGUGUAUCACUAAAAGUGAUAUAUAUUCUCAAUGUUCCCAGAAUUCCUAUUAAACAUAAAGGAAAAAUAUAACUGAUAUAUUGUACUUAAUUAUUUGUGGAAUAGAUACAGGAAAUAUCUAGGCAAUGUGGACUACCUCAUUCAAUAACUGAUUGUCAAAAUCACAGUUAAAUCAGACUUAAAAAAUUAAAAUUAGGUGUACAGAAUCAUGCUAAAACAAAGCAUGAUAGCUCAUAUUCUACAUAACUUUAGAUUCUUUAAACAUGACAAUCCCUAUUGAUGUGAAAAGUUUUCUCUCUAAUUUUUACUUUUAUUCAUGAAAAAUGCAAAUUCAGAUACUGGUAUACAGAUGUUAAAUUUAUAUAACAAUUUACAAAGAUCUUUCAAUACGUUUUUUUCAUUUAAGUUCAUUAAUAUUUAGAAACCACCUAGGAAAAAUGUUAUGUGAAAACUACUUCAAAAUAGUAUAUGUAAUGCUCAUUUCAGCAGCACAUAUACUAAAAUUGGAACGAUACAGAGAAGAUUAGCAUGGCCCCUCCCCAAUCGUGGAGUGUUCCAUAUUUAAACAAAAAAAUAGUAUAUGUGUAUCCAUGAACUUCUUACCAUAAUGACUUCUAAAAGAUGUUUGCUGAUUUUACAAUGAAUGGGGAAGCCGGGAGAAGAAACCCAGAGUUAUUUCUCAGGGUAGGCAGCAAUUAGUGUACUUAAUGUUCCUUGCUGGGGUCUUCCAGUCUUCCAUUGUUAACAUGUCCGUGCCAGGCCUAGGAAGCCCAAUUUGACUAAUUCUGAACAAUCUCACCUUUUAAUAAGUCUGUCAAGGCAGGAUAGGGGGGUUGUUAUCUCCAAAUAAAAUAAUUUUUCAGCAACAUAAUUUUGAAGAACCCCUUCAAAAUGCUCCUAGGAAACUUUAUAAGUCUAUCUAUCAUACAGAAAUAAUUCCUUAGGGCAUAAUUCCAUUCCUCAAAUUUUUAAGUGUUUCUAAGUUAAGCACGAAAACUCCCUCUCUUGUGUUAUGUAUUUAGACAUGCCCUGGCCCUGGAUGCCAACACUUUCAUAUGAAGCCCAGAUACCAUGGACAACAAUUAAGCUUCAAGCUAUAGACUGUGCAUCUGAAGAAGCCCCAGUGCCUAGGACAGUUUUUCUCCUGUAGAGACGGUUCUCUGAAAGCAGAGGAGGGGACUAUUCACAGUCUAGAAGCUCUUUUCACCUGGAGUGAAUCCAAACUGUAAAUAAAUACUGUCAGUUAAAAACUGCAUAAUUACACAGGCCUUUUUUUUUACUGGAUGAAUUAUACAUUUAUGUCUCAGUCUUGCUAGAAGUGGACCACAGCUGCAUUUGAUGUAUUUAUUCAACCUUUUACAUAAUUCCUUCAGCACAUUCUUUCUGAAGAUCCACUGCGUUCACUUAUGGAUUUGACGUUUAGUAGCUGAGUUAGUUUUAUGCACAUUAAUUUUGAAAGACAUUUCUGAAUAAAUAAUACUAAAAAUGUCUGAGACCACAUCUAUAUAUAGUAUUAAUUUAUUAGAUUUAAUAUAUAUUUAACUAAUAAAAGUGGAUGUUGUUACUUGAAUUGGAUAUUGAUACUAUUUUAAAGGCCAGUAACUUCACAUUACAAAGAAAAAGUUGUUUCCCAUUGUCCUUCCACUUGAGUAAAAUUUCACAGUUGGCUUUGUUUUCAAAAAAGAAUUUGGGCAAUAUAACCAAAUAAUUUAAAACUUAUUUUGAUUCUACUUUACUUUAUAGUAGUUGGAUAUUAUUGAUUAUGGAAAACUUAGGAUUUCUUCUUUUUCUCACUGGGAAGAUUUUGUUUCUACUAGCUUUCCUGAUGUGUGUGAAAAUCAUCACACUUGGGCCAAUAAACAGUGAAGGUGUGCAGAGAAAAGAGUGAACCCUAAAUAUGUUGCAGGUACAUCUAUCUAUUCCUAUCUGUUUACCUUCACUUAAAUUUUUAAUAAAGGAAAAAUGAGACAAUAUGUAUUAAUGGAAAAUUUUUCUUGCUUCAGAUUUCCCAAUAUUAUUCUGGAGAAAAAAAGUUUGUGUUUCUCUUUAACCAAUAUAGAAAAAGGCUUUGUACUUAAGACAUUUGCAUUCAGACUGGGCAUUAGAUCUAAGACUGGAAGUGUAUCAGGGAAUCAGUUCCUUAAGCAUAAACAUGUUAAAUGUUUGGCUUUUUUUACCUGUUUCUCACUCGAAUGUGUUAGUAAUUCUUACAUUUUGUAAGCUUAUUCUGUUGUGUGUAUUAUAAAAAGGAAUUACAUCAAUCCUUUUUCUUUUUGUCAUAAAAGAUGUCUUAAUAUUGUAUUGUAAUUUCCUCUCCAGACAGGAGGGGAGACUCUGUCCGGGUGUGGUGUAUUGUACUAGGAAUUCCCAAACUCAGAAGUCCAAGGAGUAAACAUACCAUGUCUCCCUCACAUAAGCAAGUUAUCCUUUCAUUCUAAAUUUAGGUAAAACUGCAAGCAUGAGAAAAAAUAAAACUUUGCAUUGCGAUUUUUACAAUCAGAUAAUGUUUUAGCAACUUGAAAUCAGUUAAUUUGAUAUUCUUAUCUGUGAAAGCACUAAUAUUCUUUUAUUUUUUUGCAGUAAAGAAAACUAAUUAUUCUUUAUUUUUCAAGCAUAUAAAGCACAAAUGUGAUAUAGUUAUUUAGAAUAUAAAAUACUAUAAAAUGAAUGUAAAGAACAGGAAAAUGUAUUUUUGCAUGAAAGCAGACCACUUGCAGACUUGCUUAUAUCUCAGGAAAAAAAAAAAAAAGAAUGAAUGAUCCUACAUAAAAGUGAUAAACUAUAAAAAAAAAAAAAGUUGGGCUAAAUUGGCUGUAUUUUCUUGCCUGUUUUUACUUAAAGAAGCAUUUACACUUAAGAGAAAAAGGACCCUGGUAGUCUGAAUUUUCUCUCAGGUAUGCUGCACAGUCCUUUGUGAAUGUACAAUCAGCUGCAGUAAGAAUGGGAUUAGCAUUCCAGUGAGGACUAAGCCCCAAAUGAGGAACUUUUCAGUUAGAACACAUUAAUGAUUGUAACACAGAGGCAGUAGAUAAAUACCUGAAUACAAGCAUUUCUAAACCUGGUCCCAAACUGAAAAGGUUAAAUGUUCAUUUGAUUAUUUUUAUUUUCCUUGUUAAGUCAUUGCAAUGAUUGCGUGGUGGUGGUGGUGGGGCAGGGAGAUGGAUAUUUUUUGAAGAAUUGCUUAUUCUACUUUCAAUUUUUAAAAAUUGAGGGGAUUAAAAUAUUACUUUUUAAAUAUGCAUAAAAUUGUCUUAACUGUAAUUAUAUUUUAAGUUGCUUUGUUAUAAUAAUAGCAUGCAUAUCAAACAAAAUGCAUUUAUGAAAACUUUUAUAAAAAAUAAAGAUUUUUCAUUUCUCAAAGUUGCUUAUAUUUACUAUUUUAUAUAUUUAGAUCACAUGACCUCCUGAUGUUAGCAUAUUUGGUAAUCAUCAAUGAUAAUCAAUGCUUAUGGUAAACAUAGUAUUGCGCUAGGUCACUAAUCAGCCUCUGUAAUGGUUUUGCAAACUCCAAAGACUCAUGGUGAACCAAAGAGAGGCUCUCCUUUGUCUGGGACUCUGCUAGAACUCUUGCUGUCACCAAAUGUGUCCUGGAUUUAAAUCAUUUUUAUACUUUUGAAAGAAUAAAUAACUUCAGAUUUUCCAUCAUGAUG